GGGGGGGGGGGGAAGGCCAUACCUUCAGCAGUUCAGCGCCACGGCCGUGGGCUUGAAGUGGCCCACUUCCCGUCUAGACUCUGCUGUGUGGCACCGUUUUCGGGCAUUACGGUUUUUGUUGUCACGCGUUCCGGCGGUUGUUUCUCGGCCGGGGUGGCGCCAAAUUUUCGCUGUAGAUGCUCUUUUGCUGCGGGGAAGGGGUGUUUCGCCGUGUGCCCUCUGAACCUGCCAGGGCUUGGGUCAUUUCGUUUUCUGUUAUGGAGGGAAAAAACUUCGGGAAAACGCCUGCGAAGAAUUGCACGACCGCUGGAUAAGAACGCCGAUGGCCCUAAUAAGGCGGACGUUCCUUUAAAGCGCAUUUAG